CGUCGCCUCGAUCGUCACGUAUAUUUCUGCUACUUCCACCUCAUUAUUGCUAAACCUGCUAUGGAUACCGAAAUUCUUCCUCCUACCCUUCAGAAUGUCCUUGAUCAGACGACUCUGAAAUGGAUAUUCUGCGGUGGGAAAGGUGGUGUAGGGAAGACGACGACAUCGUGCUCGCUGGCUAUACAGCUAGCAAAAUGUCGCCAGUCGGUCCUUCUCAUCAAAUUCUCCAAAGACGCUACCAAAGUCAAUGGGUUCGAUAAUCUUUUCGCAAUGGAGAUCGACCCGACAAGUGCAAUACAGGAAAUGGUAGAACAAUCUGAUUCGAAUGGAAUGAUGGGGUCCAUGAUGCAGGAUCUUGCCUUUGCCAUUCCCGGUGUCGAUGAAGCCAUGAGUUUCGCUGAAAUCAUGAAGCACGUAAAGUCGAUGGAAUAUUCAGUUAUAGUAUUCGAUACGGCGCCAACGGGCCAUACCCUCCGUUUCCUCUCGUUCCCGACAGUGCUGGAGAAGGCCCUAGGGAAAUUGAGCAGUCUAGGGUCACGAUUUGGACCCAUGAUCAACCAGAUGUCCUCCAUGAUGGGUGGAGAAGCUGGAUCCCAAGAAGAUAUGUUCGCCAAGCUUGAAUCGAUGCGCGCCGUCAUUACAGAAGUAAACACGCAGUUCAAGGAUCCUGAAAAGACCACCUUCGUCUGUGUCUGCAUAUCUGAAUUCUUGUCGCUAUAUGAAACGGAACGUUUGGUGCAAGAACUAACGUCUUACGAGAUUGACACGCAUAAUAUCGUCGUAAAUCAGCUUCUCUUCCCAAAGAAGAGCUCAAAUUGCGAGCACUGCCGUGUCCGACAAAAGAUGCAACAGAAGUAUCUGGGGGAGGCUCAUGAACUCUACGACGAGUUUUUCCACAUAGUGCAAUUGCCUCUACUUACGGAGGAGGUCCGAGGCCCUGAGAAGCUGAAAGAGUUUAGCAAGAUGUUAGUAGAACCAUAUGUCCCACCAACAGAUUGAGGGGACAUGAUAUUGUAGACUACAAGACUCGGGAUAUAUACACGUUGAUUGAAGUAAUGGAUACAUACAAUACGGUAGCGUUGGAUUCAAAUAGGCAUAGAC